AGCGAUAGCCGGCGCAUCGGGUCGUAUCAGGUGUUGUGUUGCUUGCUUCUGUUGCUACCGCUCCGUGCAGAUGGUACUUUGAAGAGAGAAUCGAUACAUGUACAGUUGGGAGAUAAGGGUCGAGGGACAUCCUCUGCUUUUUGGCUUUUCGUUCGUCCCAUUGCUGCGCGCCCUGAUUUUCGUUUCUGUCCUCUAACUCCGGUCGAGCACGCCAACCGUCCUCCGGAAUCGCCGGUCCUCCGAUAUACAUCUCUCGACCGUCGCCGCAAUGGGCUCCCAGAGCGGCAGCAGCUCCACCAACAACCUUUCCUCAGAGAACGAGAAAGGCCUCGGGCAGACCCGCCAUGAAGACCUCGACGACCCGGACGCCGGCCUGAGCGACGCCGAGCGCGCCGCCAUCGACAAGAAGCUCCUCCGCAAACUCGACAUGAAGCUCAUCCCCUGGCUCACGCUGCUCUACCUCGUCUCCUUCCUGGACCGGACCAACAUCGGAAACGCCAAGAUCGACGGCCUGAUCCCGGAUCUGAAAAUGACCGACGGCCAAUACAGCGCUUCGCUGUCCAUCUUCUUCGUCUCAUAUGCCCUCUUCGAGCCGCUCACCAACGUCCUCCUCAAGCGCCUGAAGCCGAGCGUCUUCAUCCCGGCCAUCAUGCUCGCCUGGGGAGUCGUCAUGACCCUGAUGGGCAUCGUGUACAAUUUCGAGGGACUCGCCGCGGCGCGCUUCUUCCUGGGCGUGGCCGAGGCGGGGCUCUUCCCUGGUGUCAACUAUUACCUUUCUUGUUGGUACAAGCGUUCGGAGAUUGGCAAACGGUCUGCAAUCUUCUUCAGUGCUGCGGCCUUGGCGGGAUCCUUCGGAGGCUUGCUCGCGGCGGCCAUUGCGAAGAUGACGGGGAUCGGAGGCCUCAAGGGCUGGCAGUGGAUUUUCAUUCUGGAGGGUUUGGCGACCGUCAUCAUCGGAAUCGUCAGUUUCUGGAUGGUCCACGAUUUCCCGGAUGACGCCAAGUUCCUUUCCAAGGAGGAUCGUUACCGGGUCAUCCGCCGGCUGCGUCAAGACAAACAGAGCAGUGCUGAACAUGAAGACUUCAAGAUGGCGUACUUCUGGGCGUCAGUCAAGGACUGGAAGACGUACGCCUUCGCCCUCAUCUACACUGGCGCUGUGAUGCCUCUUUACGCCUUCUCGCUCUUUAUCCCUUCAAUCAUCAAAGCUCUGGGCUACACCAGCACCACCGCCAACUUGCUCUCGGUCCCGCCUUACGCGGUCGCAGCGGUAGUCACCAUCACCGUCGGUUUCCUCGCGGACAAAGCCCGUCACCGCGGUUCUUUCAACAUCGGCAUCUCGAUCAUCGGCAUCGUCGGCUUCGCCAUGCUCCUCGGAAGCCGGAACGCCCAAAUCCAAUACGCCGGGACAUUCCUCGGCGCGGUCGGCAUCUUCCCCUGCAUUUCCAACAUCAUCUCCUGGGCCGCCAACAACACCGAAGGCGUCUACAAGCGCGGCGUGACCCUCGGCUUUGUCAUCGGUUUCGGCAACCUCAACGGCGUCGUCGCCUCGAACAUCUAUCUCGCCCGCGAGGCCACCACGGGCUAUACCACCGGCCACGCCGUCAUCCUCGGGUACAUGUGCGGCCUGCUCUGCAUCGGCAGCAUCAUCACGCACUUCGCCCUCGCGGCCGAGAACCGGAAACGUCUGGCGGGUAAACGCGACGACAGACUGGUGGGCAAGUCGAGCUCCGAGGUGGAACUGCUGGGUGAUCGGAGGCCGGAUUUCGUUUACACCACUUGAUGGGGAAUCAUCUCGGAUCUGGUCUCGGAUAGAAAUAUGAUUGGAUGUGAUUUACGGCUGUGAUGCAACGUCCUCUUUCUUUGUGGUGAAAGUGAGUGUUUGGUGGGAAGUAUGGGACGGAAAUGUUGUGAAGUGAGAAGGCGAUCAUGCACAGGUAGGAUUGUUUCGUCUCGGUGUGUUCAGCACGUGGUCAUUUCUUGACCAUUGUGUGAUGCUGUGGUUCACAGGCAUGAUCACGCAAUCGGGGAUAACCCUAAUCAAACAUUCACUUUUCUCGGUCGCCAUUCAAUGGUGAACAAGAUUUACACACUUCACAUUGUCACGAGAAUGACGCGCACACACACA